AUAUUUCUAAGUGUAUUUAGUUGGACAAAGUUCUUCAGGCAGCAGGCAGAUUUAUGCCGUCCUCACCGCCAAGGUGUUCCAUAUCAGUGAUCUAUAUCAUUUUGAACUGGAACUCCCCGCAUCGCCAUGACACUAACUGAAUUUCGAGUUUACCUCCUCCUCCUCAUCCCCCUCAGCUUCCUCUCAGCCAAGUUCUUCUACAGUUUGCUGGAAAAUAGGCUUCAUCAGCAGAAACAUCAUCCAGAUGUUUCUCAAGGAAACGUCAACAUCCUGCUGUGGCAAUGGCCAUUCGGUCGCUCCUACAGUCUUGCUGGAGACAAAUGCCUUGAGAUGUACAACAUCAGCCACUGUUUCCUCACUGAUAACCCCGCUGCCUUCGACACUGCUGAUGUGGUGGUGUUCCACCACCAGGAGAUCAGCAGAGGUAUGUCGUCAUUGCCCUUGCACCUUCAUCGCCCGGCCUCCCAGCAUUGGGUGUGGAUGUCCAUGGAGCCUCCUGUCAACAAUGUAAAGCUAAAACAGUUCAAUGGCAUCUUCAACUGGACGAUGAGCUACAGACGUGAUGCAGACAUAUCCAUCCCUUACGGACAGACCAUUCUACAAGGUGAUGAGCGACACUUCCAGGCUGCUCCAAAUCGCUCCUGCCUUGUUAGCUGGGUAGUCAGCAGGUACCAGCCUCAUCAGGCUCGCUCUGAAGUUUAUCAAAGUCUAAAGAAGUACAUCCCCAUAGAGGUGUAUGGCAGAUGGACCAACAAGCCACUUUCAGACAAGAACCUGCUGCCCACCAUUGCAAAGUGUCUAUUUUACCUGUCUUUUGAGAACUCUGAGGCGAAGGACUACAUAAGCGAGAAGUUCUGGAGGAAUGCAUUCCAAGCAGGGGCCAUACCGGUGGUUCUCGGCCCCAGCCGGGAAACCUACGAGGCCCUGGCUCCCCCUCAGUCCUUUAUACAUGUGGCUGAUUUCAGGAGCACAGCAGAUCUGGCUGCGUACCUAAAGUAUGUGGCUCAAGACAGGCAGAUAUAUGAGGGAUACUUCCAGUGGCACCACACUCACAGAAUAAAAACUUACACUGACUGGAGAGAAAGACUGUGUCAAAUCUGUGUCAAGUAUCCCAGUUUACCAGCCAACAGGGUCUACCAGGACCUGGAGAGCUGGGUUAACAGCUGA